AUUCGCAGAUGCUUGCAGAUGUCUGCGAAAACUUUAUGUAAGUUACAAGGAGAGGAAUUGUAAUAAGUUUCUCUGUAUCAAAUCGACCUUCCGCGAUAGUGUUUUGACCGGGAGGGGACAGACCAAGAGGGUACCUUGAUGAAAUUAUGCUGUACGGACAAACUAUUAAGGGUAUACAAAGUGUCGGGAUGAAUACGUAUUAUCAACUCCAGGGCCUGGUUGUUGCGAUUCCCCAAGUCUAUAGUAUGAGCAUACUGAACAAGCCGAUGAGAGUAUCGGGUCCAGGGCGUGUUGUCAUCUUCCAAAAAAAUCUUGGGGCUCACCGACGCAAGCGUUUUUCGAAUUCAAGAGCAGCAUGCCGCCUAGUCACACAUGAGUGACCAAGUUUAAAAAAGGUGGAACAAGCACAUACCGAC